AUGAGAUAUUUAUAUCCCAAAAAAGUUGAAAAACAGGAGAAUAUUCCUCUUUAUGGUCCAGAGGACCUGGGCUCAGAGAGCCUUGAAACACCUCCUGAAUAUUUUGAAGAAAAAAUUAAACAAGAUGAAUAUUAUAACGAUGAGAUUGAGAAAUUGGAACAAUUAAGAAAUGAAAUAGAUGAAAGAAUUAGUGAAUUGAGAAAUGCUGAGAAUGAAGUAGAGGGUUUAAUGAAUAUCCCAGCUUCAGAAUCAGAAGUUCAAAAAUCACAUGAGGAAAGAUAUAAAAAUUACUUUUUGGAAUCUACUAAAAAUUUAUUAGAUGGUGAUAUUGACGAAACACUUUCAGAAGAAGGCACAAAAUUUAUUCAUAAACAUAAGCUUCAGUUUAUUGACGAUGGAGAUUAUCCAUGUAUAUUACUUUCACCUCCUCUUGAUUCUGAAAAAUUCAAAAAAGCACUGAAAAAUGUAACAUAUGCAACAAAUACGAUUAAGAAAGAAGACCAUGAUAUUUACACAAAUUAUUAUUUAAAUAAAUGUACAGGUGUUGAUAAA